AUGGCGGGCGCUCCUCAAGAUGACAGAGACGUCAUCAAGAAUGUUAUCGGACAGAUUCGCGACAUCUAUGUAGACAUCAUCAAACUGCGAAAUGAAGAUCGCGCAAAGUACAAAGAAAUGUGCAUGAAACUCGACGCACUUGAAAAAGACGUAAAGCGGAAAGCGGAAAGUGCGGUCUCCCGACUAAAUUGUUUUAGAGAUCGGCUCGAACGAAAAAGAGAAGGAGACUAAACAAGUCGAAGGUUAAGAAGUCGUCACAGUCGAAGAAUUCGACACCUUUGGUCAUCAGAAAAGAGUCACAAUCGAAAGAAGAUAACAAAAAAGAUCAGGGAACGCCGAAGACGUUGCAGAACGACGAAGACGGGAAGCAGGAGAAAGAUAAGGACGAAUGA